UAUUUACACGCACACACAGGGAGAGAGCAUAGAGUAUAUGGAAGAGACAGACAACAACCUGUGUGUACGGUAUCCCCGAGGGACAAAACAUAGGAUCUCACACAGAAACACGUUGAACGGACUUUCAAAACUAGCUACUGAUGGACAUUAGGAAACUGACUUAGCUAGCAUAACCACUGUCUCAAUAACCUUUAGGGAUCAUGAUGGAGCUCUCGUAUCAAUCUAUGAAAGUCGCCCACCAAGCCCGGGAAGCGGAUGAGCUGAGGACUGAGAUGAGGAGGAAGAGCCUCCUCAUCCUCAUUUACCACCACCUGCUGGGGCAAGGCUACGUGUCUGCAGCAGUGGCCUUGGACCAGGAGACUAAUGGAGGUGUGAGGAGGUUCGAGGUCUGUGAUAACAUCGAUCUGGAGAUGGUGCUGAUGGAAUACGAGAGUUAUCACUACGUCAAGUUCCAGAAAUAUCCCAAACUUAUCAGAAGAACAGCAGAACCAGGUGAGAACAGGAAAGCAAGAAGUGGUAGUAUAAAAAGGAGUCCCUGUUCAGCUGCAAAGCCUCUUCCCAAAAUCAACCCGUCCCAGACCCCAAAGUCCGGAAACGGAGCCAAGAGGACCACUGCCAGUUCACAUACAAAUGAGAAUGGUUCUGCUGUUCCUCCAGAGUUGUCAGAGUUUGGUCUUAACGUGUCCUCCAUCAGAAAUGGACCAGCUGGGGAGGCAGCCAAUAACCGAAAGGGCCAGAUGACUGACGGCAAAGUUUCAAUCCAAGGAGCUGGCAGUGACUCAGACUACAUGGAACGGCUGCUGAAGCCCCUCAGUGGCUUUUCUGGAAUGAGCGGCGAGAUGAGAGAUCUUGCUGCAAUCAUCAGCAGGGACAUCUAUUUGCACAGCCCCAACGUGCGGUGGGAGGACAUCAUUGGCCUCGAGGAUGCAAAGCGAUUAGUCAAAGAGGCCGUCGUCUAUCCCAUUAAGUACCCCCAGCUAUUUACAGGCAUUCUGUCUCCAUGGAAGGGCUUGCUGCUCUAUGGCCCCCCAGGUACGGGUAAGACGCUGCUGGCCAAGGCCGUGGCUACAGAGUGUAAGACGACCUUCUUCAACAUUUCAGCCUCCAGCAUCGUCAGCAAGUGGAGAGGAGACUCUGAGAAACUGGUCAGGGUUCUGUUUGAACUGGCCAGGUACCACGCCCCAUCCACCAUCUUCCUGGACGAGCUGGAGUCAGUGAUGAGCCAGAGAGGAACAAGCAUGGGAGGAGAGCAUGAGGGGAGUCGCAGGAUGAAGACUGAGCUGCUGGUUCAAAUGGACGGACUUGCCAAAUCAGAGGACCUGGUGUUUGUACUAGCUGCCUCCAACCUGCCUUGGGAACUGGACCAUGCCAUGCUGAGGAGGUUAGAAAAGAGGAUCAUAGUUAGUCUUCCCUCCUCGCCAGCUCGCCAAGCCAUGAUCUCUCAUUGGCUGCCUCCUCUCAGCUCCACAGGAGGGGUGGAGCUACGAACUGAGCUGGACUAUGAAACUCUGGCGAAGGGGAUGGAGGGUUACUCUGGCUCUGAUAUACGACUGGUGUGUAAGGAGGCUGCCAUGAGACCAGUCCGCAAGAUCUUUGAUGCUCUGGAGUCCCAUCAGGAUGACACUGACGUGCCUGCCAUCCAGCUGGAAACUGUGACAACAGCUGACUUCCUGGAAGUCAUCACGCACACAAAACCCUCGGCUCGAAACCUGAUGGACAAAUACACAGCCUGGGAGAGAGAGUACGAGUCUGUCUGACACACAGGCACAUUUUAACAUGAGAAAAAAAAUUUUUUUUUUUAAAGAACGCUACUGCAUAUGUGACGGAGAAGGUUUUGUAUAAAAACUGACCUAAUGCUGUUACGCUUGGUGGAAGUCAUGACAAGAUUUCUCUUUAUCAGGGCUUUCCUAAAUAACUUAUUUUAAGCUCACAUACAUUACACACCCUGAUGUGUAAAUUGUCAUUACUUUAGUAAGUUUAACAUAAUUUAAUUAACUCAAUAUGUCCCCAUGAUAUAACGUCUGGUGAAAUAUUUGACGAUUAAAGAUCUUCUCACACCUCAA